UGCUAUUUACACGAAUUUAUAAACCAACAUCCCGUCUUUCUACUUAUAUUAUAUUUAAUUAUUUAUUGUGGUUGAAUAUCGGUAUUUAGUGUAGACCAUUUUGCCCUGACUAGUCAUCUAAUAUGUCCUAUAAGAUCAACCCUCGUUACUAACUACAACUUGCAAUACCAAUUUGUCACAUAAAAAUAAUAGUAAGCAGUCUUUGGCCAUCAAAUCUAUGGGGAAAAGGCUAGAAGGGAAAGUGGCGGUUAUUACCGGCGGUGCAAGCGGAAUCGGCGAGGCCGCGGCCAAGCUAUUCGCCAAGCACGGCGCCCGAGUUAUUAUCGCCGACAUCCAAGACGAGCGCGGCACCGCCAUCUGCCGGGAGUUCGCCCCUAAUAUCUCCUACGUCCACUAUACACUUAACAACGUCACCGAGGAAUCCGACGUGGCGAGCGCCGUCGAUUUCGCGGUCGCCAAGCACGGGAAACUCGACAUCAUGUACAACAACGCCGGGAUCACCGUCCCGAUGCGGCACGCCUCCGUCCUGGACUCGGAGAAGAGCCACUUCGAGGAGGUGUACGCCGUCAACGUGUUCGGCGCGUUCCUCGGAGCCAAGCACGCGGCGCGCGUGAUGAUCCAGGCGAAGAGCGGGAGCAUCAUCUUCACCUCGAGCGCCUCCGCCCUAACCGCCGUCGAGUUCCCGAUCUCGUACGCCUCCUCCAAGUACGCCGUGAUCGGGCUCACGAAUCAGCUGUGCCUUGAGCUCGGGAAGCACGGGAUCCGCGUCAAUUGCGUCUCCCCAUUCCUGAUCCCCACCCCUAUGCUCGGAGGCGCAAUGGGGGCGGCGGCGGACGAGAAGGCGGCGGCGGAGUGGGUGGCUGCGGCGGCGAAUCUGAAAGGGGCGGUGGCUGAAACGGAUGACGUGGCAGAGGCGGCGGUUUAUCUGGGGAGCGAUGAGUCGAAGUAUGUGAGUGGAAUGAACAUGGUGGUGGAUGGGGGUUACAGUAAGGUUAAUCCAAUGAUCACCAUGGCCAUGAGAGGGGUUCGCUUCUGAGACCGUUUAUACAAAUCAGGAUUCAGAAUAAAUAUUUCCUUCAAUAAAAUUAAAAAGUUCAGAAUAAAUACAACUUAUUUCUGACUGUAAACAUAUCAAUAAUGUUUGA